AUGAUGGGAGUAACCGUCCCUCCUCCUGCUCCACAGGCGCCUCGGGCCGGGAGUACAGCUCUUCCGGCUUCAGUACCAGUAGCAAAAUUGAAGGGGAAGGGGAAAGGGAAAUCUUCCCAGCCCCCUCCCCCUUCCCACUCCACUCCGUCUGCUGUGGUGGUGGAGGCACUGCCAUCGGCGUCUACGCUGAUGGCACAGGCCAACCCACCACGGCAGACAAUUAAACCCAAACCCACUCCUACUCCCCGUGGUCGUACCUCUGCUGGUGAACCAUUACCCGAACCACGCCCAACUAGCGGCCCUACGUCCACCAAAAGGGAGAAAAAUAAAAGGAAAAAGAUCAAAAAGAAACAAAAAAAAAGGGAGGAAAGAGAGCGACUAAGGGAAAUACCUGAGCCUAUAGUGCCAGAACCCCCACGAACUAACACAGAAACCAUGGAGGUCUCCGAGGCCCCCCAUACUGCCCAACAGACAUCAAGCCAACCACUGCCUACAGCCCAUCCGGCCGAAGGCAAACAUGACUUGAACAGCCAGCCCCCCCUUCCCCCCCGCCCUCAACGCGAGCGCCGCAGCGGUCGACAGGCCUCCCAGCCUGCCGGCUUUGCUGCAUGGCUGCUUGCUCUGUGGGAGAAAUUGUCCGAGAUAAUCCCGAAAGUGGGAGGCGCGGCGCAGCCUGUGAUGUGGCCAGUCGACUGUAGCACAACGUUAAGUCCUGAUUAA